AUUGUGCUUGGGCGGGGCCAGGUGCGUGUUUGAAGCGGAGGCGCGGGCUGCGGGAAAAUGGCCGCUCGGCCGCGGCGGCACCGUUUGCCAUCUGCAAAGCUGCCGCGGGGUGACUUUUGUGACGGCGCUAAGAAGACAACUGACGAAUCUUCUUGUACGACUUCUAUGGAGUGGGACACGCAGGUAGUGAACGGGUCCUCGCCGCUUGGCCCCGCGGGCCUAGGUGCGGAGAAGCUGCCGUCCGGCCCGCGGCUGCCGUCGUGGCUGCAGCCCGAGAGGUGCGCCGUGUUCCAAUGCGCACAGUGCCACGCCGUGCUCGCUGACUCUGUGCACCUCGCCUGGGACCUGUCGCGGUCCCUCGGGGCCGUGGUCUUCUCCAGAGCCACAAAUAACGUGGUUUUGGACGCUCCCUUCCUAGUUGGCAUUGAAGGUUUGCUCAAAGGCAGCACUUACAACCUUUUAUUCUGUAAUUCCUGUGGUGUUCCCAUUGGUUUCCAUUUGUAUUCUACCCAUGCUGCUCUGGCUGCCUUGAGAGGUCACUUUUGCCUUUCCAGUGAUGAAAUGGUAUGCUAUCUCUUAAAAACAAAAGCCAUAGUAAAUGCAUCUGAGAUGGAUAUUGACAACUUGUCUCUACCAGAAAAGGUUACAGAGGAGUUCUCAAGGAAGAAAGAUUGGCUAAGAAGAGAUGUGAACUCUAUUCUCACCUUGAGGCUGAUUUUCCAAAUGAUUUGUGAAGCUUUGUCUAGAAAAUGAGAAACAAAGGAAACCCCUACCCAGGUUUCAUAGCUAUUUGCCUUAAGAACUUAUUUUAGGGUGGCGCAGUGGUUUAGCGCCUGCCUUUGGCCCUGGGCGCGAUCCUGGAGACCCGGGAUCGAAUCCCACGUCGGGCUCCCGGUGCAUGGAGCCUGCUUCUCCCUCUGCCUAUGUCUCUGCCUCUCUCUCUCUCUGUGUGACUAUCAUAAAUAAAAGAACUUAUUUUAGCUUAUCAAUUUCAUAAAUGUUUGUUUCUGAAUACAUAUUUUACUGCAAAUGUAGGUUAAGAGGCAGUGUCCUGCAAAUGGUCUGACAUAAAGAUAUACGGCUGUUAUGAAAACAGAGUUGUAUUUCAUGUUGACUACUUUAUUCCUACAUGGAGCAGUUGUGAUGAUGAAGAUAGAAAACAUUUUUUUUCUUACAUGCAAUAUACGUACAAACAUACUCUGUAGGUAAUAUUCAGUAAGUUAACUGGAAAAUAUACAAUUUAUCUUUCUCUUUUCAUUUCUAAACUGAGCCUACCCAGGUAAUAAUGAGAGAAAUGAUAAAACAUUCACCAAAAUGCUGUUUUUCAUAUUUUGCUUUAUAUACCACUUACACUCAGUACCUUGUCAUAUUAUUCAUUUAAUAAAAGUCUACUAACUUUGGGGAUAAAAGGUAAGCAAAAAGAGCCACUCUCUACCUGCACAGAGCUUUUAAUCUCAUUAGAGGUGGACGUUCAAACAACCACAUGAAUACAUGUGAAAUUAUUACUAUAGUAAAGGUUUUGAAGAAAAGAGACCUAGAGCUACCAGCACAUGAAGCAGCUACCGGACCCCUGGGGUUGGAAAGGCUGCUCUGAGGAAGUGGGAUUUCAGCAGUGGUCUGAAAGACUAGGAGUUAAUUAGGGAAUGGAGGGGGACCUGUGGAGAGGCCCUUAAAAGAAGGCCUGCAGGAGGUGAACUAGUGGCCAGAAACCAGAGGGUACAAGGACUUAUUGGAUGAUGUUGUUGUUUAAGAUUUUAUUGAUUUAUUCAUGAGAGACACAGAGACAGGCAGAGGGAGAAGCAGGCUCCCUAUGUGGAGCUGGAUGCAGGACUCCAUCUGGGACCCCCCAGAUCACACCCUGAGCUGAAGGCAGAUGCUCCUCUGCUGAGCCAUUCAGAUGCCCCCUGGAUGUUUGUUUUUAUCCCAAGAACAAUGGAAGCCUUGGUUUCACUUUUGUAGAACCUUGCUAUGGUUGUCUUGUGGAGAAGGGGUUUAUAGGGGCAGAAAAGCAAGCAGACUACUGAGGGGCUGGCAAGAGCCCAAUCCAGAUAAGAAACAGCCAAGUGGUGGUGUCUAGAAAAGUUGACUUGGUUCAGAUGUAGCUGGCAGCCAUUUUUAAAGUUCUUUCCAUUCUUUCUACUUUAUAUUGCAUAAAGCCAUUUCCCUUUAGAAAUAUUUUAAACAAGAAAAUUCUGAUUUGCUCUAUGCUUUUGAGUUGCAAAAUUUGAUUCCAUAAAUAAGGGUGAAAUCUUUGGCAACAAAUAGUACCAGAGGGAACCUGAGUGGCUCAGUGGUUAAGUGUCUCCCUUCGACUCAGGUGAUCUCAGGGUCCUGGGAUUGAGUCCUGCAUCGGGAUCCCUAUAGGGAGCCUGCUUCUCCCUCUGCCUAUGUCUCUGUUUCUGUGUCUAUCAUGAAUAAAUAAAUAAAUAAAAUCUUAAAAAGAAACAAGUACUAGAAAAACUCGUAUUUUCUAAAGAAUGGACCUAAUAAAUCAAUACUAUAUUAAAUCAUCCUGGGAUUUUUUUGUGUGUGGGUAUGUUCUUAUGUAGCUAUUUUUCGUAAUCUCUGGACUUGCUGAUUUGGCAGAGAGUUCAAUAGAAAAUUACAUGCUUGACAUGUGCCUUUGGCUCAGGUCAUGAUCUCAGGGUCCUGGGAUUGAGCCCCAUCUCCGGCUCCCUGCUCAGCUGGGAACCUGCUUUUCCCUCUCCCCGCUGCUCAUGCUUUCUCUGGCAUGCUCUCUCUCAAAUCUUAAAAAAAAAAAAAAAAAGUAAAUGUUUAAACUUAACAUCAAAUUAAGCUGGCUGGCUUUAGAUAUUUUCCCCCUAAAUACAAAU